AUGGAUACCUCAAGUAAUUAUAGCGAAGAUCAAGAUUUAGCACCAAAUGAUAUUACAUUUGGUACUAUUCCAUUCUCAUUAAACUUUCAUCCAACCGAAGAUUUAUUGGUUGUCUCUGAUGCAGAAGGAAGAGUUAAACUAUACCACUACAAUCUCGAAGAGAACGAAAUAAAGUUUUCAUUAAGACCACAUAAAUCUGGUUGUAGACAAGCAAAUUUUUCAAGCGAUGGCAAAUAUAUUUUUACUGCAUCUUCAGAUUGCUCAAUGAAGGUCAUCGAUAUAAAUACAGGUUCAAUAUUAUAUACAAGAGAAGAGGCUCAUGACAAAGAUUUUAUGGUAUUUACAGGUGAUGAUGAAGGUACUAUCAAGGUAUGGGAUAUGAGACAACAAAAUAUUGUGUGCGAAUUUCAAGAGCAUGGUGAUUUCAUUUCAGACAUAACUACAAUUGGCGAUAAACACAUUGUAGCUUCAUCUGGUGAUGGUGGUGUUUCAAUUUAUAAUUUUGUUAGAAAAUCAAUGGACGAUAUAUCCGAGAAAUCAGAUAAUGAAUUAUUAUCUGUAAUUUCACUAUGUGACGACGAAAAAUUGGUAUGUGGUUCACAAGAUGGUACAAUUUUAAUUUAUGACAGAAAUAAUUUAGAAUCACAAAAGAAAUUUAUAGGACAUCCACAAUCAGUUGAUUCAAUGGUUAAGGUUAAUAAUAAUUCAUUUUUUUCAGGCUCAAGUGAUGGUAUUAUUCGUUAUGUUGGGUUACAACCAAAGAAACUUUUAGGUGUUGUAGGUGAACAUUCAACAUUCCCAAUCGAACGUAUGGCUAUCUCUAGAGAUAAUCGUUAUUUGGGUAGUAUUUCACACGAUUUCAGUUUAAAGUUUUGGAAUGUUUCUAGUUUUUAUGAAGAGGAUGAUGGCGAACAAGAAGAUGGUGAAAAUGCAGGUGAAACCAAUGUUUUUUAUAGUGAAGAUGAAGAUGAGGAAAUUGAGGGUGGUGAUCAAGACGACGACGCAAUGGCUGAAGAUGACAGCGAUAGUGAUGACGAUGACGAUGAAAGUGAAGAUGAAGAAUCCUCUGAUGAAGAUAUAAAACGUAAAAAUAAAAAGCAACCUUCAAAUAAUCCAUUUAAAGCUCAACAACAAGAAAGACAAAAACAAAAAGAAAAAGAAAAAAGAAGCUUCUUUUCAGAUUUAUAA